AUGGAUGUCCCCUUGACUUCGGUGCCGGGGCAGCUCCUGUCGCGCUUUGCCAAGGACUUGGACUGCCUCGACACGCGCUUGCCAGCUCUCUUAGCACAGGCCUUGACCUGCGUGGCCGCUUUGUUCUCAGCCCUGGCGGCCAUCGUGGUCUCGUCACCAGCCUUGGCGCCGAUGGCAGUCGCCCUAGCGCUGGUCAUGUGGCGCCUGGCUGCUGCCUACAGCCCGGUGGCCUCAGAUGCCGCGCGGCUGGUGUCAGUCUUCAACGGCCCGGUGGUGGCGCAUCUCUUGGAGUGCUUGGAAGGGCGCGCUGACCUACGAAGCUUUGGGCGAAGUGAUGACGCCAUGCGACAUGCUCUGGCCGUGUUGGAGGUGAACGCUCGCUCGCAGAUUUUGAAUGUGGCCUUGCAGCGUUGGUUUGCCUUGCAGCUGGAGAUCAUUGGUGCAGUGAUGCUGUUCUGCGUGGCAAUGACCAGCGGGUGGCGGACCGCACAUCUCGGCAUGUCGGGUCUCUCCUUGACAUACGCUUUGACGCUGACAGCAUUGGCCAAGUACCUGGUGAACUACGGCACCCGUGCCCUGGCGCAGUUCGCCUCGGUGGAGCGGUUGCUGACCUUGUCGCAAGUGCAAGCUGAGGAGGAAGUGCAUGCCGAGGUGGAGGCAAAUGGAGGCGUGUGCGAAGCAUGCGAAGUCCCCGAAAACUGGCCCAUGAGUGGCACCUUGGAACUCCAGUCCUAUUGGCCACACUUUGCGCAGAACAAGCUUGGAGGUCCAGUGUUUGAGCCUCUGACCUUAAAGGUUUUGCCUCGAGAGCAUGUGGCACUCGUUGGAUCAUCUGGAGCUGGAAAGAGCACACUCCUGGCAGGCUUGUCACGUCUGCUGCCGGGUCAUGGCUCGUUACGUCUCAGUCACUACGAGGCACGACAAGUACCGCUACAGCGCUGGCGGAAGGCGUUGUUGUGCGUGCCACAACAGCCUCUUCUGCUGGCAGGCAGUGUUCGGCGCAAUCUGGACCCCGAGGGCGAAAUGGGCCAGGAUGACUCCUUUCUGUGGGAGGCCUUGCGACUCGUUGGCUUGGAGCCGCGCCUGCGAAGACACAGCGCAGAGGCUUCGCCAUUUCCUUCUCCAUCCUCGGCAGAUGGGGAUGAGCGCGAGUAUCAGUGUGGCUUAGAUGUGGAACUGGACUUGGAUAUGGAACCGGACCGUGCAGCGAAGGUUCCAGACGCUUCACCGCAACUUCGUCGUAAUGCAGCAUCUUUGGGGCGAAUUGCCGAGGAGCGCCAAUCUGGAUACACCUCCGAUGAGUUGCCGCCAGGCCGUGGCAGCGAAUCGCCCGCGAGCCGCUGCAGUUCGUCGAGGAAGCUUCAGCUGACUGGAAGUGAACGAAGGCUGCUGGUCCUCGCCCGCCUCUUACUGCGGCGCCACAAAGCACAGCUGGUGAUCUUGGAUGAGCCCUUCGCCGCCAUGGAGCAGAACGAGGUGACGCCUUUGCAUCACAUGCUCAAGGUGCAACUCGCUCAUGCAACCAUGCUCACCGUGACCCACAGGCUGUUGCCGGUGAUCCACUUCUUUUCGCGUGUGCUGGUCUUUGAAGAGGGUCGAUGUGUUCAGGACGCUCCGCCCAGCGCGGCCACGAACGAGACGGGUCCUCUCCACGAACUCUACCUGCAGGCACCAGCGAGACUGCAAGGCCAUGUGGAGCGCAUGUUGGCCCUGACGCGGUCGGAGGCGGCCGAGACCCAGCGCAAGUUGGGGUAG